AACCGGAGGCUUCUAAACAACCUUCCCACCUUCCCGGUCUGCUGUGGUCCGUUCUCCUUUGGCAACCUCUGGUUGAGCGGGGCUCCGCCUGGCCUCUACUUCUCACGGAGGCUGCCAACUCCCGCGCAGCCAUGGCAGAGUUGGGCCUAAAUGAGCACCAUCAAAAUGAAGUUGUUAAUUAUAUGCGUUUCGCUCGGUCAAGAAGAGGCUUGAGACUCAAAACUGUAGAUUCCUGCUUCCAAGACCUCAAGGAGAGCAGGCUGGUGGAGGAGACCUUCACUGCGGACGAGGUCUCGGAAGUCCUGCACGGGCUGCGGGCCGUGGUGCACAGUGAGGUGGAGUCUGAGCUCAUCAACACGGCGCACACCAAUGUGCUGCUCCUGCGGCAGCUCUUCGCACAGGCGGAGAAGUGGUACCUCAAGCUGCAGACAGACAUCUCUGAACUUGAAAACAGAGAAUUAUUAGAACAAGUUGCAGAAUUUGAAAAAGCAGAAUUUACAUCUUCCAAUAAAAAGCCCGUCAUAGAUGUCACAAAGCCGAAACUCGCCCCACUUAACGAAGGCGGAACAGCGGAACUCCUAAACAAGGAAAUUGUAAGACUUCAAGAAGAAAACGAGAAAUUGAAGUCAAGGCUGAGGACCCUCGAAACACAGGCUACGGCUGCGCUGGAGGAGAAGUCGAAGCUGGAAAGCGCACUGCACGGUUUGCAGCUCGAGCAAGGAAACCAGCAGGAUUUUAUAAAGGCCCAAGACUUGAGUGACUUGGAAAACACAGUUGCCACUUUAAAGAGUGAGUUUCAGAAGACGCUGAGUGACAGGACUGAAAACCAGAAGUCCCUGGAGGAGAGUCUGGCAACAGCCAAGCACGACCUGCUCAGGGUUCAGGAGCAGCUGAGCAUGGCCGAAAAGGAAUUAGAGAAGAAAUUCCAGCAGACAGCAGCGUACAGAAACAUGAAAGAGAUUCUAACCAAGAAGAAUGACCAGAUCAAAGACCUGAGGAAGAGACUGGCAAAAUAUGAACCUGAAGACUAAAAACUGAAGGUUUCCUUUGAAGCUGCCGUACAGAACAUGAACCUACGUGCUAUUCCUCACCUCGGGCAUGUGUUCUGAAGCAGAUGGUUAUAUCCCCUGUGUUUCUAAUACUCAGACUUUGCUUCUACCUUUUCAAACUAGAGUGCCUGUUUUCAGGUGUCCAGUCGAGGAGAGAGAAAACCUGAUUCUGCGAGGCUGUCCUGAACUCCUCUCUGCCGCGUGCUGCAGAGUCUUAGUUCAGAUGCACUGAGAAUUCUUUACAGUAGAGAAGAGACUUUUAGAGUGGGAAGAAGGUCCUGCCCUUCUGCAUUAGUGUGGAGAGUACGCCUCUGUAGUAAGUACCAAAGCCAGCGGUACCUGUACGCAUUCCGCAGGGCAAAUGCAAGUGUAGUGUUAUGAAAGGUAGUUAUUACAAAUAAACUUUA